CAGUUAGACGCGUGAUAACUAAAUAAAUUCAUGUGCUAACUUCUAACCUAAAAGUUGAAACCCUAACUGAUCAAAAACCAGACCCACUCGAUUUCAAAAUCUCGGAAGUUUUCGUUUAAUUUGAGGUCGAAUUUUGGUUCUUCUCACUCGACUGCAAUCUAAUUUGUGGGUAAGACUUCACCUUUAAAACCUUAGGUUUGAUCUUGUACAGUAUCCAACACGAAUCGUAUUCUGGAAUUCUUCUCUAACAGAUGGAGCGGCAAUCAAAAAGGUUACGAAUUGGACCUCUUACCAUUCUCCAAAUUAACAGAAAUAAUUUUUGGGAGAAAUUUGAUAGUUUUCACGAGGAAAACAGAUAUUUGUCAGAUGACGUGAAACUAUCUGUUCAAAAAGUAUGUUCAAGUGUGGUGAGCAUAGGUUCUUUCGCAAAGAAAUUUAAGUUUUUGGGUACUGGCACCAUAAUUGGAUGUGAUAAAAUUAAUGACAAUAGAUAUGUUAGUAGUGUAUUAACUUCUGCAAGUCUUUUUGGAGCUUCGAACAAGAAUUACAAUGUGACAUCCAAUGAUGAAUUUAAGGUGGAAGUCUAUUUUGAUGAAAGAACAUUUCAAGUUCAUGAGUUUAGUUAUGAUGGUCACUACAAUAUCGCACUUCUAAAAUUUGAAUCAACUACAUCGAUGUUGAUUGCAAGUUUGAAAAGUGUGGAAGUAAUCCGUGGAGCUGCAAGAGAAAGAUUACUUCGUCGACGCUCAGAAGUUUGUCGCAUUUCUGCUAAUGAUCAAUUAAUAGCUGUUGGUCGAUAUUUUAACGAACCAUUUUCGUUAAUGGCUGCUCCUGGAGCAUUCAGUCAUGGAUGUUGUAGUUUAGAUUGUCCACCGCUACUCAAGACAACUUGUAUCAUCUCAAAGUGCGGUACCGGGGGGCCUCUCAUAAAUGGUGAUGGAGAAAUCAUUGGCAUUAACUUCUUUGCUGAGGGAUACACACCUUUCCUGCCCAUGAACAUAAUUCUUAAAUGCUUGGAAUACUUUGAGAAAAAUGGGAGAUUUGUUCGACCUUCUAUUGGAAUUAGAGGAGCUAAUCUCUGUGAUGCAACAAGUUUAUCUACGUUGGAAAAGAUUAGCCAAAAAUUUCCUGACGUCUCCAAAGGAAUCCUUGUUAAAGAGGUUGUACCGCAGUCCCCUGCUUAUCAUGCUGGAAUAUGUGCGGGUGACGUUCUUACUUCUUGUGGUAGAAACAUUAUUAAGAGUGUUGUAGAGUUUGAAGCAACCCUAUUCAAUAGGAUUGGGAACUCUCUGGAGGUGCAAGUGCUAAAGCAACGUGGCCAAUUUGAGGAAAAAAUUGUGGUCGUCGGUGAAACAAGUCCAGAUAACUUUUUCAGUUGGCCUCUCCCGAAGGAAAGAAGGGUGAUAUUGAAGUCCAGCCCCAGGCACUAAAUAUCUCGAUCCGGUCAUUAAGAGUUAUUGUCAUUGUUGUCGCACAAAGUAUCUCUAUAUAUUUUCAGUAUUUCGUUAGUAAAUUAUAACAAUGAGAAUGUGUUUAUAUAUAUCCAAGUAAAUAGGUAUUAGUGUUUAAAAUUGAAACCUAUUAUUGGGGCUCCAAGAAAAAGUUUUGAGGGCUCACAAAAUGACAAAACAUGGGUUUUCAAAUAGUAACCACAA